AUUUUUUAAUUUUUUUCCCUUUUUUUUUUGACACUGUCCUGCUGUUAUGCUUUUUUUCUCCAUGCAGAUGCGCAUAUUUUAUUGCGCACAGAAGAGCCAGUCACGCACAUGUGGAAAAAAUGAAUAAAUAAAUAUACRAUGAAGGACUGCACUGUUUUGUUCUUUUCCAUCCUUCUUUGGUUUGGAUCUGUGGCGCUGAAACCCCGCAAAGGCGGGGUGGUUUGUACCUUUAAAAACAAAACUUACAGCCCAGGAGACAGCUGGCAUCCCUACCUGGAGCCGUUUGGAUACAUGUUCUGCAUGCGCUGCGUCUGCGCAGAGACAGGCCAUGUGAGAUGUAACCCAAUCAAGUGUCCUGCCCUGCCUUGUGAGAACCCRGUGACUGACCCUCAGCGGUGCUGUCCGCGAUGCGCAGCUGAGCCCAGGGUUCCCGCAGGACUGAGAGCCUCAGCCAAGUUCUGCACGCACAAUGGAAGCAUUUAUCAGCCCGGAGAGACCUUCACUAAACACAACCUGUUCCCGUCCAAACAGAGCAACCAGUGCGCCAUGUGCAAAUGUAUUAAUGGAAACAUCUUCUGUGCGCUGAAAACAUGCCAGCCCCUCACUUGUUCCUCCCCAGUUUCUGUUCCAGAUACCUGCUGUUUGCUUUGUAAAGAUCCCAGCACCAAUGGAUUCUCAUCAGCGGAGGAUGGAAACCAGCAGCUGAACAGAGGAGUGAGGCAUUCGGUGGACCAGUGCUCCGCUGAGCAGAGCAGGCUCCAAUCAGACCGUCCCACCCCGUCCAGGAGCAAGGCCUCGAGCCUCAGUAAACUCAACCUCCGAGGGGCUUCGGACACCACUGUGAAGUUUCUCUUGCAGAGGAAACACCAAAAGGUGUGUUUAUACAACGGCAGGACAUACUCGCAUGGAGACAUGUGGCAUCCAGUUUUGGGGAAGGUCCUGGAAUGCAUCCUUUGCACUUGUACCGAUGGCCUCCAGGACUGCAAACGGAUCACGUGUCCUGGCCAGUAUCCCUGCAAGCAUCCUGUGAAAUCAGCAGGGAAAUGCUGCAAGACUUGUCCAGAGAGUAAGGCUGACRUUAACCAGACUCAGUGCUAUUCUGGGUAUAAAAACAACCUCCUGGUGUAUAAAGUGGAAUCGCCUCUGGCAGCUAAUCCACCAAACCUGAUGAGGAUCAUUGCUGUUGAAAGACAAAGUACGGCUGAAGUUGAAGUGCAAGCGUGGAACACCGUAGACGAUGUUUUACAAAUCAUGGACAUUGGUGACGUUCAGAGAAAAGACAUAACAGACCAUCCGGAAAAUUACAAGCUUCUUACAACCCUCGAUGAAGAAACGUGGAUAAGGUUUAAAGAAGAGGGAAAGAACCUCGGUAAAUCCUCUCAGACCACCGUUUGUGAAGAUGGCAUUCGGGAAAUUGUGACGUUCCUGAACCCGAUGCAAACUGAAGGCYUGUGUUCACCCUGACCGCCUGUCCUUACUCCCAAUAAUUACACAACAUAUAUUCUUUAUACUUUGUGCACUUGGCUUUUUAUUUAUACAAGUGAAAGCUCUUGUUCAUGAUGUUUUUUUAAUUUCAUGGUUGAUUAAGAUUUUAACCCUUUCACUUAUUUUAUCAGACAUUUACAGGGAUGAGGUCAUCAUUUUGGAACAUUUGAAAUGUUCUCAUCUUUGGAGCAUUUAUAGGCUGGAAACUGAAAAAAAAAAAAAAGAAAACGAGGAGUCCCAAAAUGUAGAUUUUGUGCAGUAAUUCUCAUUUGUAGUGGUUGUAAACUAUAAAAAGCRUUCACCAAAAGUGAUUCCAUGAUUGCUCACAGCUGAUUGGGUGGGUGGUCUUGAUGUUAAAGCUGAUUGAUGUAAAACUAAAAUUGUGGGCUUUUCCCUGUCUGUAACAUUGUUGUGUUAACUUGGUGACAAAGUAAACUAAUUGAGCAAAUAUUAAAUAAACAAAUCUAUAUUGUUGCAUCUAUUGGGGAACAGCACCAAACUGAACAGAUGUGAAGGUUUUAAAGAGUGAUUGUAAAUUUGUUGCUUUAUUUAAACUGUUGUUCUAAGUUUACUGUGUAUAAGCGUGAAAUUUUCUUUGAUUUAAUUUUUUUAUGAAAUAGCACACAGUUUUAAAUAAUCAUACAAGAAUUUCAAUUCCAAUAGCUUAACGUUAACAGCGUUCUUCUUAUUAAUAAUGUUAAACAGGAGCAGCAGGAUUUUAUAUCAACAUUCUUUGUAUUUUAUAUCUAAAUGCAAUCUGCAUGAAAAAAAAACUUUCAAAUGAAGCCUGGUGUUCACACCAUUAAAAAGCAGUAUUCAGCUGAGUGUUUUAUGGUUGUUCUUUUAUCUUUAACCACAGCGGUGUAGUGAGAACGUGUCCAGAUGAAAGCUCAUAUCAUCUGCAUCUGCAAAGUUUAAGGUUUAAAGAUCUAAAAGCCCAGAUAAACUUAACUUACAUUGUUAGUGGCAAAAAAAAAAAAAAACCCAAAA